AUGGCGUCCUCAUCAGCAACAUCGCCAGACACGCAGGUCACCUUGAAAAUCAACUUCGAGGGUAUGACUCGUCGCCACAAGCUUCCUCUGCGAGAUAUGGGUCCAAGCACUCUCGAGGACAAGGUCCGCGCUCUCCUGGCUCUCGCCUCGGACGCCAACGUCGUUCUGGAGAGAUACUCUGAUUCGGCUGGUUCGUACAUUACCCUCGACAAGCAAAACGUCUCGGUCUACAAGCAGCUUUACCGUGCCGCCAAGGCCAAGCAAAAACUCAAGCUUCGUGUCACCAAGUUGUCCGAGGAGAAGAUAGCCCCUAGGCCGGUUUCCGUAGAGGACGUCCCGGAGUCUAGCGCCCCCAAGGCCGAGGAAGAACUAAAGCCUGAAGCGACACAACCUCUGGUUGAUCUGAGGCAGUCUAACGUCAUCGAUGCCGAGCAGAAGAAGGAGCUGCCUACCAGCGACACCGGCCUCGACUUUGAGGCCUCUAUCCUGGCCUCUCUCUUGAGCAGGCACGCCAAAAUUAGCGACGAAGCGGUGCCGGCGGCUUCGGCUGAUAUCCCCGUCUCUGAGGGCAUCACAGGCCGCGAUCAGUGGUUUGCCAACGCCUCUGCCACAGAGGGUGCACCUUCACGGUCUUCUUGGGGUCGUUGCCCUGCUUUGAUGCACCCCAACACCAACUUUGCCGUGUGCUGCAACAGCUGCGACCAGACAGUUCCCGAUGCCCACUACCACUGCUCUACCUGCGACGACGGCGACUUCGACCUUUGCCAAAACUGCGUCGAUCAGGGCAUCACUUGUUACGGUGCCGACCACUGGCUCAUCAAGCGGAUCGUCAAGAACGGCCAAAUCAUGAACAGCACUACCGAGACGAUUGCCCCUAGGCCCAAGGCCAAGGUCGAAGAGCCUGCUCAGGUACCUGCCAAGGCGCCUGCCAACAUCAGCGAGCUUCUUCGUCCUGUGUUCAGCACCGCUCUGUACAGCAUGCGCACUUGCAACUGCUGCGUGACGGAGCUGCCCGAGUCCAGCUUCCUCCACUGCACAACCUGUGAGGACUUCGACUUGUGCCACGCAUGCUUCGAGAAGGACCUUCACGGCCAUAACCCCAAGCACCCCUUCGUUCCCGCAGUUGAGGGCGCCCAUGUCCCCAGCCACAUUGAGGUCAAGUUGGCGCCUGGCCGUAACCAGAGCCACAACGCCAUCUGCGAUGGUUGCGACAGGUACAUCGCUGGCGUCCGCCACAAGUGCCUCGACUGCCCCGACUGGGAUUACUGCGCUGACUGCAUUGUGAAUUCCAAGUUUGUUCACCCCAAUCACCGCUUCGUUCCCAUCUACGAGCCUCUCGCGGAGGUCCGCAGCCGUGCCGUCAGCCGUUCUGUCCAUUUCGGCAUUUGCUGCGACGGUCCCCUCUGUGCCCGCGCUCACGGCGCGCCUGCUUACAUCUCAGGUGUCCGGUACAAGUGCACCGUGUGUCACGACACGGACUUCUGCGCCAACUGCGAGGCUAGUCCCGCCAACACCCACAAUAAGACCCAUCCCCUUGUCAAGUUCAAGACGCCCGUCCGCCACGUCACAGUCACCACCACUGGCGAACGUGGAGAUGGCCAGCGUAUGCAGCAGAUGGGUGACCGCAAUGUCCGUCGCACUAGCUCCCGCUCUACGGAGACUACUGCCAGCGCUUCCAUCAACGUUCCUCAGACAGUUGUUGAUGUGAAGCCCACAGAGACAGCAAUGAAGGAGGAGAUCGUUGAGAAGGCCCCCGAGCCUGCUGUCAAGGAGGAGAUUGCCGAGCAGAAAUUUGUUGAGAAGGUUCCUGAGCCCGAACCAGAGAUCAAGAAGGAGGCCGAGCAGAAGCCUGCACCAAUCCCCGAAAAGCCCCUCACUGAACAGGACCUCCAGGCUGUGUUCGUCCGCGACACAGUUGCUGAUGGCACCGUCCUCCCGCCCAACACCGUUUUUGAGCAAACCUGGGUCCUCCGCAACGAUGGUGACGUUGCAUGGCCUGCUGGAUGUUCCGUCAAGUUCGUCGGUGGCGAUUACAUGGGCCAUGUCGACUCGAACCACCCUGCCGGCAUUUCCGAGCUUGUGUCUGCUUCCGAGUCGACCGUCUGCUACGCUCCUCUUGCCCCUGGUCAGGAAUUUUCUUUCAACGUUCUGCUUCGCACGCCGGCUCGUGAGGGCAAGAUUAUUUCUUACUGGCGUCUGACAACCAAGGACGGUCUCAAGUUCGGUCAUAGACUUUGGUGUGACGUCAGCGUCCAGGUUCCCAAGCCUGUCGCCGAGGAGCCCAAGGAGGAACCCAAGCAAGCCCCUGCGGAGAUGCAGAGCAGCAUCAUGAUCUUCCCCAAGCUUGAGAAGGAGUCACCGGUGUCCAGCAUUCACCAGGAAGUCAAGUCCGAGUCGGUUCCUGCCACCAGCUCCGAGGCGGAGGAGUUUGAGGAUUGUGGUGAGGAGGAUGAAUGGGAUGCUUCUGACGAUGGUUUCAUGACCGACGAGGAGUACGACAUUCUUGACGCCUCGGAUGAGGAGUUUCUCGAGGAGCAGCAGCGCAGACUUAGGAAGUGA